CGGGGAGCUAAAUGGUUAGAACCACCAAAUAUGUAUCGUUUUAUUAAAAAGCACCUUGUCCUGUGAAAUUAGUUUGUCACGACUGGCAUGCGGUGCGCGUAAAAACCCACUCAACCCAUGUCCCAUUUCCUUACUCGACACCACCUCCUUCAGCACGGAUCCUCUGCGGUGCACCGCGCGAAGACGGUGCGCGCGAUGCACCGCACACCGCAUAGCCACUCGGUGGUCUAACGGCAUCCCCGUCCUCUUCCCCUAUAAAUCCGCGCCGAAUUUAGAUCUCCCCCAUCGGAAAACAAAUCGAAUCCCACAAUUUUCCUUUCCCUCUCGCCCCCCAAAGAAUCCGAUCCCUCCCCAUCUCCUUCUCUAGCUUUCUCCUCCCAUUCUCCAUCAUGGGCAGCAUCCGCUCCCUCUUCCGCCGCCGCCACGGCGGCCGCUCCAAGGCCUCCUCGGCCACUACCUCCUCCCCGACCUCCCCCACCGCCGUUGCCGCCGGGGUCACGGACGAGCUGGAGCGGGUCUUCAAGAAGUUCGACACCAACGGGGACGGCAAGAUCUCGUCGUCGGAGCUGGCCGCGAUCUUCCAGAGCCUCGGACACCCCGUCACCGACGAGGAGCUGGAGCGCAUGAUGGGCGAGGCCGACACCGACGGUGACGGCUUCAUCAGCUUUGACGAGUUCGUCGACCUCAACGUCCGCACCGUCGACGACUCCGCCGCCCUCGAGGAUCUCCGCCAAGCCUUCUCCGUCUUCGACCUCGAUCGCAACGGUUCCAUCUCCGCCGACGAGCUCGCCCGCGUCCUCCGCAGCAUCGGGGAGGGCGCCUCCGUCGCCCAGUGCAAGCGAAUGAUUGACGGCGUCGAUCGUGACGGCGACGGCCUCAUCUCCUUCGAGGAGUUCAGGCUCAUGAUGGCCAACGGUUCCGGCUUCCCCCUAGCCAACAAGAUCGAGUGAUUAGGGUUCGGAUCGGAAUUCUUUUCCUCCUCGUCCCUUCUCACUCUCUUUUCUGUUCUCCACGUUCUCGAUCUCUUUUUACCUUUUCUUUUCCUCUUUAGGGGCAAUUUUGAGGUUUCUCUGAUCCGGGUUUGGGAUUUCUUGAUGGGUCUGGGGCAGGGGGCGGUGGUGUUCUAUCAUGACCGUCUGAUCUUGAUCCGGCCGUUGAGAAGAAAGGGAACUCGAUGCUGAUCUCUGAUGGAAUAUGAAAUUGGCGAUCUUCUGAUUUUCUUUUUUAAUACAAUCUGAGAUCGCUUUCAGCUAAAUAUGCCUACUUUUCUUCUAAGUUCUUGAGAUUAAUUAAUAUUAUUUCGAUGUGGAUACUUGUGUCGUUGUCUUGAAUGGUCCGGUCAAAGUAUUCUGCCAAUUAUUGGGGCGGUCCUCCAAGUAAUUGUUUAUUUAUCAA